AUGUCGGAACUUUACUACAACGAUUACUUUCUCGACGACCAAUACCAAUUCCUCGAUGGAGUUGAUCUCCACUCUCCUAUCUACCCCGUCGACAAUCCCCAAACUCUUCAAGCUCCUCUUCAAGCUCCUCCUCAAGCCUUCCGGUUUGAAGAUUACCUCAACCUUCCAGAUGCAGAGAUGCAAGGAAACCCCACUCAAGCUGAGUUACCCCCUCCCCAAUUAACCGACAAUGCAACAGUCAAUCCUCAGUUCUUUAACCAAGGCUUCACUGGCAGCAUGCAACCAGUUCAACACAUCCCCGCUCCUUUUGAGUUUCCCCCUCAUUACCAGAACUCUGUACUCAACGAUUUCCCUGAUGCAGCUUAUCCUUUACACAUCAUUGAUCAAGCUGGUCAAUUGCCCCAAACCGUUACGGCGGCACUUUUGCAAGGAGUCAAACGAUGCAGAGAAUUCGACGAUCAAAUCCUUCAAGUCAUCGCUAGCGGCAUUGACAACAGUGAGCCCUUUGGGCUCGAGCAACAGCCAAGCAAAAAGCGUGAAACAUCCAAGGGUAAAGGUAAGGCUCUUGCCAUCUCUGUCGAACAAGAUAUCGAAGAUCUUGCCUUAUCGGACUAUGAAUAUGACCCAGAGGAUUUUGCGCUCUCAGACAACGAAGGUGAAGCCGAUUCAGGACCAGCACCAGGACCAGCACCAAAAGAACCUGAAACUCCCGUCAGACCCAUCAAGGUACCUGGAAAGAAAUGGAUUAAACCCAACGCGACAACACUAGGUAAAAACAAGCGCAGCAAGAAUAUCCAGUCAAUGAACCCAUCCAGGUUCUACACUCCGCUCGCACAAACACCUAGAAGUUGGGGAACUCCAAAUCGUGCCGGCGUGCAUCCGUUCCAGUACACCAAGGAUGGAGAGUUGAAGCCCCAUGUUCGCUACACGGUCAGUCAGAUACAAGAGUUCAUCUUCAACCACCCGGGUCACACUGUUCAAGGACAAAGACACACCAAAAACUCUGGACUUACACUCUGGGCUCAAAGCGUGCCAUCCGAUUCCGCCGCACGCUACUCGCAUCAAAACUCCGACAAAUGCCGCUUUGAAGACUGCCCAGUCCGCAACGGCACCAUUCAUAAGGGACACUACCGAGUUGCCUUUGAUGAGCAAUCAUCCGACCCCGUUGUCACUGACCCUUUCCACAACGCCGGACAUGUUCAUCUCUACUGCCUCGAAAAAUUCCUCGACUUUCCCUUUAUCUGUGCCAAUUUCAACGUUAGACCUGAUGAUCGCAUCCUUCCCGAGGGUCGAAACAAGAUGGCUAUCACAAGAGAUCACCUAGAGAUGAAGAAAGUCGUUGGAAAGUUCAUCCGCCGCGCAGAGAGAGACUUGGCACUCCAAAGCACUAUUGCCCCUCACAAUAGAUAUAGCUACGAGAAUACCCUUAGCUAUGCCUUGACCGCAAAGGCCCUAGAGCUUGAACCCCGCAACCGUCAAAAGUUCCGCGACAACCGUCCAAAUGCAAACUCCAUCGACAAGCACAUGAAUAACCUUGCACUUUUUGUUGCUGGCCUCAACAACAGAAAGGGAAAGCAAGUCGAAGGAAAUGCAUCGGAUUCCGAAGCUCCAAUCGCCAGACAACCUAGAAAGCAGAACAACAAGCGGAAGGCAGCUGAGAUCGAAGAGGAAGAAGAUGCUGAGUUUGAAAUCGAUGAGACAAUUUUGGCUGUCGACGGCGACACCAUUAUUGUUAACGACGGAGGACGCUCACCACAAUUCAAGCCAAGCCCUAGACCAGUCAAGAAAUCUCGAGUCGAGAUGAAGAGAAACGCAAGAAAGGCUAUUGCGAUCUCCAGCGGUAGCUCUAGCGACAACGACUCUGCCAAUGACAGCGAUGUCUCGGACUGGGCCCCUCCCGUCAAGCGAAGUCGUUCCAGGUAA